GAGCAAUAGAAUCCGCCCGAGCAGCGAGUGAGCUUUUUCAUAUACCGCAACCAUUUCUCCUACAUCCCAGGUGAACUUGUCACUCUGCUGCUCGGUUGGAAAUACGGAUUCUUGCUGCCAGCCAAGGCCACACCACGCUGCUCCUCCAAGCCCUGAACAGGAACGCACCUUGGCGGUCGAUUCUUGCGGCUUCUUAGGCCAUCUCUCUCCACGGUUUCUAGCGGGGCCCGGCACAUCCCAUGGCGUUCCGACGUGUCCUUAGUCGCGUUGCGUCGUCUGUCCGACAGACAUCUAAGCCCCGCGACGUUAUCAAGGCGGUCGAGGACGCCGCGCCGCACCGCCUCUCAUCCACGCUGCCGCAGCGCGUGCCGGAGCUGGUGGAUUUGCGCGACACGAUGGAGGAGGUGGUGCCGGAGCAGCGCGAGCGGCUGGCGGAGAUUAAAGCCAAGCACGGCGACAUGGUGCUGGGCGACGUCACUGUCAACAUGGCCCUGGGCGGAAUGCGCGGCAUCAAGGGCCUUCUUUGGGAGACGUCACAGCUCGACCCGCUCCAGGGCAUCAAGUUCCGCGGGCUUAGCAUCCCUGAGUGCCAGGCGCAGCUGCCCUCCGCGCUCGACGGCGGCCAGCCGCUGCCCGAGGCGCUUCUGUGGCUGCUGCUCACGGGGGAGGUGCCCACGGAGGACCAGGCCGUGUCGCUCGCCGUGGAGCUGCAGGACAGAGCCGCGCUGCCAGACGCGGUGUGUCAGGUGCUGUGGUCCCUACCCCCGUCGCUGCACCCCAUGUCGCAGCUCUCCAUAGCCGUGCUCGCCCUCCAACGCACCUCCACCUUCGCCGCCGCCUACCACCGAGGCGCGCACAAGAGAGACCUCUGGCGCUACGCGCUGGACGACAGUCUGGAUCUCAUUGCCGCCCUGCCGGAGAUCGCCGCCCGGAUCUACAACCGCAGCUGCAAGGAGGGCGGCGCGCGGCCGGGCGUGCGGGCGGCGCGGGAGGAUCUGGACUAUGCGGGGAAUCUGGCGCAUAUGAUGGGGUUCGAUGACGAGCGCAUGGACGAACUCAUGCGCCUCUACCUCACCAUCCACGCGGACCACGAGGGCGGCAACGUGAGCGCGCAUGCCACCCACCUGGUGGGGUCCGCGCUCUCCGACCCCUUCCUCGCCCUCUCCGCCGGCCUCAAUGGGCUCGCCGGCCCGCUGCAUGGGCUGGCCAAUCAGGAGGUGGUGGCAUGGCUGCACGGUCUGCGGGCAGAGCUGGGGGAGCGGCCCACUAAGGAGCAGCUAGGGGAGCACGUGAGGCGCGGGCUGGCGCGGGGGCGCGUGGUGCCGGGGUAUGGCCAUGCCGUGCUGCGCGUGACGGACCCGCGCUACACGUGCCAACGGGAGUUCGCGCUCCAACACAUGCCAGACGACCCUAUGGUGCAGCUGGUAUCGGACCUCUAUGAAGUGGUGCCGCCCAUACUGAGAGAGACAGGCAAGGUGCAGAACCCCUGGCCCAACGUGGACGCGCACAGCGGCGUGCUGCUGCGCCACCUGGGGCUCACCAACGCCAACUUCUACACGGUGCUCUUUGGCGUCUCCCGAGCCAUGGGCGUGCUCUCCCAGCUGGUGUGGGACCGGGCCUUGGGAUUGCCGCUGGAGCGGCCCAAGAGUGUCACCAUGGACUGGAUUCAGCAGGAGGCUGCAGACAGGGGCUUUAAUGGCGACGCUCAUCCGGACACGCAUGCCACCAAGGCUGCUGUAUGAACCGCCAUACAUCCCAUGGCCCAACCUUCCUCCCAUCCCAGCCAAGCUGGUGGGACAGUUUCCGCUUUCAUUUCACUUGUGCACACACCGUGUGGGGAUGGUUUCCGUUGUGGCGUGCUGUUGGAUCGCAUGGUAUUGUCAGCCGUGUAAGGCCACAGCAACCCACUGUACUAAAUGUUUGUUUUGUGUAUAUAAGUGCCAAGAAGUGGUGUUCAGGAACUGAUGAGAUUAUUGAAUGUUGCAGCCUCACAGGUUGCCCGCUGCCC